ACCGCGUCUGCUGCCUGCUGGCUGCUGCCUCGCCCCGCGUGAAUCAAUAAUCAUUGAAUCCAUUCUACCGCUGCUCCUCCUCCUUGCUCUGCCGAGAAGCCGGCGAUGAGGGGCCGCAAGAGGCAGCAGGUGAGCGCCAGCUCGGCCGCCGCGCUGGUGAAGGGGAGGGAGAGCACCAAGCAGAAGGAGAAAGAAGCUAGGAAGGAGAAGGAGGCGAGGGAGGCCGGCAGGGAGCCGGCGGCGAAGGAGAGGCAGAUGAGGCGCAAGGCCGGGAAGGAGAAGGAGACGGAGACGGGCGGAGAGGGGAAGGAGCCAGCCAAGGAGAAGGAGGUCAGGGAAGAGGGCAAGGAGAACGACAAGCACAAGGAGAAGGCGAAGACGAAGGCCAACGUCUGCCCGCAGUUCUUCAAGGUCUUCUUCCCCGAGCAGUCCACGGAGCGGCUGAGAAUCCCACCCAUGUUCAACCAGCACCUCAAGGAGCAGCAGCCAACCGGAGCAGUUUCCCUGAGAGGCCCGAGCGGCAACAGAUGGCAGGCAGCGCUCGCUUCAGAGUCCGAGUCGGAGGCCGCGUGGUGCUUCGACCAGGGCUGGAAGGAGUUCGUCACGGACCACUCCCUCAGGCUAGGCCACUUCCUGGUCUUCACGCGCGACGGGCCCGCCCAGUUCUCCGUGGCGGUGUUCUCGUCGUCAGGCGUCAUCGACCCGGCAGCCCUGGACGCGAGGCCUACUGCGAACGGCGGCGCGGCCGUCAAGCUCGAAGAUGGCGAAGGCGUCGGCGUCCGAGGGGACGUGGACGCAGGCGGCGACACCAGCUCCGAGGUGUCGCUUCUGCCCGCGGAAGAGGGCGAUGGAGGAGCGACAGGGAGGAGAACAGGAGCGACGAGUGGUGGCGCUGGCGGCGCCUCUGAGAUGUCACUUGUUCUUAGAGAAGAGGGCCGUGGAGUGACAGGGAAGAGAGCGAGAGCGACGACGAGUGAUCUCCCGGCAGAUGCCAGUGCGCCAAAGAAGCACUCUGCCCUCGCGAAGAAAGCUGGUAAAAGGAGGCCUCAAGCUGCCACUUCAAAGGAUGUGUCGAUGAUUGUUCACAAUCCCACCUUCAGUUUGUUAGACGAAUCCAAGACUUUCAACAAGACUCAGAUCAGAGACAAGAACGUGCCUAGGAGCGGUAAAUUCCUUCUGAGGACCACCAAAGCACCAGUUGUAAUAUCCCAAAGGCGCCGAGUAACCGAAGAAGAGAAGUGCCUUGCUCUCAGAAAGGCAAUGGAGUUCAAGUCGAAGCACCCUUUCACCAUGCAGAUAAUGAUCGAGUCUUAUGUCUACGUGGGAUUUUUCAUGAACAUCGCCUGCGAGUUCGUCAGGGAGUCGCUCCCCCGCACGAGCAAGAAGAUGACGCUCUGGGACCCGAUGGGGAAGCCGUGGGACGUCAGCUACGUCUACUACGGCGACCGCGCCGCCGGCUCCUUCGGUGGCGGCUGGGGUAGGUUCGCUCUGGGGAACAACCUGGAGAAGUCCGACGUCUGCGUCUUCGAGCUCUUCGAGGAGGACAACAUGCGGGUGCACAUAUACAGGGUCGUCCCGGAAAUUACCCCGCUCCUGCGCGCCAGCAACAAGGACUAGGCUUGCGGCUUUCCUGUCGAUCUGCGGCUACUAGAGAAUAACAAGAAGACCGGUUGGUCAUUCACAAUGCUGGAAUGGAAUUCGGUGCUCGUUCAAGAGAGAGAGAUGCUAAUAAUUUCCCGGAAUAAAUAACUGACUAUGAAC